ACUAUGGUACGCAGAAAGCUACAUGGUGGUAUGUGGGAGUGUGCGGCAGCAAUAAGUUAAUACUUGUGACGGAUCUAAUGUUAAUUUAUGUUUUGUUUAGAUAGGUACUUAAUAUACUAUUAAAUGUACCUAAAUUGUUAUUGUUAAAAAUGUAUUGAACAUUUUGAACAGUUCUGUUUUUAAUAAUUAGUGGUACAUGGUCGAUACAUAAUGCACAUGAAUGGGAAUGAAGAUGAUUUUAUACUUGAGGAAGAAUUAGAUCCGGAUAUGGUCAACAUGAUGGAAAUAGAUAAUCGGAGACGAGAAGUAGAGAUACAAAAUAUUCCUUUUGUGCAAGUACCUAUAAAUCUUCCUUUGCCACCAAACAGCAAUAUAUGUGUAGUGUGCAAAGAUUUAGAAAGAACACAUGCCUUGAUCCCAUGUGGCCAUAAAGCAUUAUGUGGUAAUUGUGCCGAAUUGUUGCACCCAAAGCGUUGUCCAUUGUGCAAAGCGAAUUUCAGUUCAACUCUACGUAUUUGGUCAUAAUGUUCACUGUUUUUAAUUUUUCUAAUAACUACUACUAUAAUUUGAUUUUUAUAUUAAAUAAUCAUU